ACACAACUGUAUAUUACAAAACAGAGUUUGCAGAUCUACUGUUUUUUUUGGACUUAUAGUGUGUUUACUUACAAAAUAUACACAUGUCAAAGAUAAAGAAAUGAAGAUAUACACAGAGGCUACAUAAUAAGACCCACAUGUAAAGGUUUUGUUGCUACGUACUACAUUGUUUACACACACUGGCCAACUUUAUUUAAACACCACUCACCAUCUCUCCCUUCACUCGAUCAUCAUCACCAUCAUAAUCUCUUUUCUUCUUCUACCAAUCAUAUAGUCAUGGCAAAGUCUCUAGCUGGAUUGGCGCUUUUAGCCACUCUUUUUAUGGCAGUUGAUGCGUUUAGACCUUCUGGUUUAAUCAACGGUCACGCCACAUUUUAUGGAGGGAGUGACGCUUCAGGAACAAUGGGGGGAGCUUGUGGGUACGGAGAUCUUUACUCGGCGGGGUACGGGACAAUGACGGCGGCGUUAAGCACGGCUCUGUUUAACAACGGUGCUUCUUGCGGGGAAUGCUAUAGGAUUGCGUGUGAUUACGCUGCGGACUCGAGGUGGUGCAAGAGAGGAGCUUCGGUGGUUAUUACAGCAACUAACUUCUGUCCACCAAACUUCGCUCUACCGAGCAACAACGGUGGUUGGUGCAACCCGCCGCUAAAACAUUUCGACAUGGCACAGCCUGCUUGGGAAAAGAUCGGAAUCUACAGAGGCGGGAUUGUUCCCGUCGUUUUCCAAAGAGUAAGCUGUUACAAGAAAGGAGGAGUGAGAUUCAGAAUAAACGGAAGGGACUAUUUCGAGCUAGUGAACAUAUCGAACGUAGGAGGAGCUGGUUCGAUUAAAUCCGUCUCCAUCAAAGGAUCAAAGACUGGUUGGUUAGCCAUGUCUCGCAACUGGGGAGCUAACUGGCAAUCAAACGCUUAUCUCGAUGGACAAUCUCUCUCUUUCUCCAUUACCACGACCGAUGGUGCUACAAGAGUCUUCCUCAAUGUUGUUCCUUCUUCUUGGUCCUUUGGACAGACUUAUUCUUCCAGGGUUCAGUUUUAAUGAUUUCUUGUUUCUUGUAUGUCUGAAAUAUAUUAUUGGCAGUGGUCGCGCUUUGAGUCUGUUAUUUUCUCCCGGAGCGACCCGCCCGCUUUGUUAUUACUACUUUAUAUAUAAUCUGAUUUGAUGUGUUCAAAAAAAAAUCUGAUUUGAUUGUUCCACA